CCCUUUCGCCCGCACUUCGCACUUCGCUCUCGUCCACUACCGCUCCUCGCUACACCAUGUCCAAUUACGGCAGCGAUAACUACGGGUCAAACAACGACUCGUACGGAUCAGGCGGUGGCAAUUCGAACGGGUCCGGCAACAGCGACUCCUAUGGUGGUCGUGACCGCUCGUCGAACAAUGAUACGUAUGGGUCAGGCAACAAUGACUCGUACGGGUCGGGUAACAAUGAUUCGUACGGUUCGAACAACAACGAUAACUCCGGCGGUCGUCGCGACCGCUCGUCGAACGACGAUUCGUACGGGUCGGGUAAUAAUCAGUCAUAUGGUUCCUCGAACCAGGAUGGCUCGUACGGCUCGAACAAUGGGAACAACCAGUCCCUCAGCUCGAACAAUGACUCGUAUGGUUCGGGAAAUAACGACUCGUACGGCUCGGGGAACUCUUACGGCUCGGGAAAUAAUGACUCUUACGGCUCGGGAGGCAACCAAAGCCACGGCUCGUCGAACAACUCCUUCAACCGCAGCGCCGAUAACGACAGCUCCGCAUCCUUUGGAAGUGGCGGCAAUUCCGGCACCGGUAUUGGUGGACCUAACCAAGGUGCUGGAUCGACCGGUGGAGGAGACUGGGUUGACAAGAGCGUCUCGUAUGCGGCCCAGAAGGCCGGCGUCAACUUGGACUCGCAGACUGCCUCGAAGAUCGGCGACGAGAUCCAGCAGGGCCUCGGCAGGUUCACCGGUCGCGAUUGAUUUGGCCUCCUGUAUGUUUUUGUAUCACGAGCUGGGAGGUUAUAUGGUGGCAUUAGGACAUGGGUCGUGUUGAAGAGUCAAGUAUGAAAUGUAUUCACUAUGGAAAGAAAGGAGGAAUAAGGGAAUGUCACUGAACGUCUCGCAUCGAAAAUGUGUCUAGCUUGUUGUGAUUCUCUGAGAGCUCUGGCGGGCACACCGCCCAAU